AUGCCUGAAAUAAAUCCAGAAGUACUCAAAGUAUUUGGCUUUUGGGGUAGCAUAUUGGUUCUGAAACUGCUGGUGAUGAUGCCGUUAACUGCACGACAGCGAAUAAGAAAAAACGCAUUCGCAAAUCAAGAAGAUGCUAUGCACUCGGGUAAAGGCAAGGUGGUUUACGAUGACCCAGACGUGGAGCGUGUACGCAGAGCACAUUUAAAUGAUUUGGAGAAUAUUCUCCCUUGGUUCAUUGUCACGUAUCUCUGGCUAGGAACAGGACCUUCGGCAUGGUUAGCCAAAAUUCUUAUUCGAACCUUUGUACUUGCUCGCGUAGGUCAUACUGCAUCAUAUGUAUUUUGGCAACAACAACCUACGAGAGCGAUAGCUUUCUUCGUGGGAUUUGUAAUUAUGGGCUACGAAGCAGUUAAGACAUUAAUGUACUAUUCCUAAGUUUUACAUAAAUCUUUGAAGCAGUAAUUGUACAACAAGCUGUAUAUUCUUUU